AUGGUCAUUUUGACAUCAAUCCGAAAGUCCCCAGCUUAUCUUUACGCCAAAACGUAUUGCCUCUGCGCGCUGGUCAGCCUCGUUCAAGCAACACCCAUCUCAUCGCGAUUUCGACCAGCCAAUCUGACAAGGCCAACGCGCUUUAGGAAUGGAAAGGCCUUGACAUCCCGAAUAGCUCCAGACAAUGAGCCUGAUAAGGUCUCGUCAUCCAAGACGACGCGUAUUAUUGAUCGAUGGUAUGCCAGAGUUGCGGAUUUGGCUUCGGUGAAGACCUCACUAAAACGCGAUGAAACGGAUAUUGCGACGUAUCGCGAGUUACAGUGGGAUGCAAAGGUCCGUCAUGGCUCAUCGUUACACCCAAAAGAACAAGAAUUUAUCCAGUUGCGAAAAGCAAUGAUCUCAUCUCAGGGUAAAAACUCACUUCACAACUUUCUCGGUCUUCCACCAGACGAAAUUGUCGACCCAAGAGAUGUCCCACUCCUCUCCUUGGGAGGCUCAGGUGGUGGCUAUAGGGUUAUGUACGGCUUCACAGGCUUCAUAGUCGCUGCUAAAAAGGCAGGCUUGUGGGAUUGCAUCACCUGGACUGCCGGUGUGAGCGGAAGCUGUUGGACGAUAGCAGCGUACUACACAAUUGCCAGGCACGAUAUCUCCAGACUUGUUGAUCAUUACAUGACUGUAGCAAGUGAACUCGCGCACCCGAUGAGUAUGUAUGCUCUUGACAAGGUUGCGCGGAGUAAAAGAGGUAUAUACUUCUUAAUUGGCCCUCUGGUGAGCAAAGCCCAGAAGAGCAUUAUUGGAUUGAGUGUCAUGGACCUUUAUUCUACUCUCACAGCAACAUAUCAACUUUUGUCGAGGGAACCAAAAGGGAGACUGAGUAGAGCCACAUUUCAGUGGUCUAGAAUUUGGCAAAGGUCAGGAAUCGACAAGGCACUGGAGCCGAUGCCAAUUCUCGCCGCUGUCAGACGUGUCCCAAGAUACUCAUACAAGCCCAAAACUAUUUCCACCAAGGCCACAGCUAUUCAGAACGAUAAUAUCGCGGGAAACAUGGAUCCAAUGCGCAACGGCUCUGAGAACAAGUCCAAGGACAGUUCCAAGAAGUUGUUUCAGUACUUCGAGAUUUCACCCUUGGAAAUAGGCAGUCCAGAUCUGAAUCGAUACGUGCCUACUUGGUCUUGGGGACGCACUUUCGUUUCCGGCCAUUCGGUUGACCGUCGACCGGAGCAAUCAUUUUCACUUUUACUGGGACAAUGCACCAGUGCACCAGCGGGGCCGUUGACAGAGUGUAUAAAAGCUCUCUUGGUGUCGAUCCCCAAAGACACGGUAAUGGCGCGCUUGGUAGCCAUGCUCAACAGGUUCUUGCAGUCGAAGCAUUUGGAAGGGUUCUGGGGGAAUCCGAUCCGAGCAGGACACGACCCAAAUCCAUUCUAUGGACUGGAGAAACCUGCCAUGGCAAGAGAACAUACUUCUGAACAUCCCUCAUACAGACCACGAGCGACUGAACCCGAGGUUACGGAGAGAAGGAGUCUUAUGACCAUGACUAACAGUCCUGCUGUAGACCUUCCACCAUGGGAAGCGCAAGGACGUACAAGACUCAUGGACUGUGGAAUGGCCAAUAAUCUUCCCAACCAUGUCCUUGCGAGGCCAGAAAGAGGCGUUGACAUUUUUAUCUCUUUUGAUUCAUCCUCGGAUGUGCAGACUGGAGCAGCUGUGCAGCGUCUACAUCACUUCGCUGCAGACUUUGACUUUGAACUACAAGAAGAAACUAAAGUCUUCCACAGUCCGAGGAGAAACGUCGAGCUGGCUUCGGAUCAUGGACUGGAAGUCGAGUCACGAUAUCUCCAUCAAUAUGGCAGAGUGUUUCGGGGUACGCGCGAGAGUGGAAAGACCAUUUACAUCAUUUACUGCCCACUUUUGCCAAAUGGCAUCAACCCAAACUUCAACCCUUCGACAGCCUCCUUCUCAACCUCGACAAACCUCAUGUGGACACCAGACCAAGUCCAAAGCGUGCUUACAACAGCUGAAGCGAACAUCACAAAUUAUGCUUUCGAUACUAUAAAACGGGUAGUUAGAAAGGUGUAUGAAGACAAAAAGGCACAUAGACAGACAUUAGAGACCAUGAGUUAA